GGCUGAGCGUCCCGCACCAUGGAGGGCGCCGAGCCCCGCGCGCGGCAGGAGCGCCCAGGCGAAGCCCACGGUGCCCGCCUAGUGGAGGUGCGGUUGAGCGGAGGCGCCCCUUGGGGCUUCACCCUGAAGGGCGGUCGCGAGCACGGCGAGCCUCUGAUCAUCACUAAGAUUGAAGAAGGGAGCAAAGCUGCAGCCGCAGACAAGCUACUAGCUGGAGAUGAGAUCGUGGCUAUCAAUGACGUGAAUCUCUCAGGGUUCAGACAAGAAGCCAUCUGCCUGGUAAAAGGCUCCCAUAAGACCCUGAAGCUUGUGGUCAAAAGGAAGAGUGAUCCGAGUUGGAGGCCUCACUCCUGGCAUGCCACCAAGGUCUCUGAUACCUACCCAGAGCCAGCAGCCUCACUGUUUCUGAGCACCAGUGGGUCCCCUUCCUGGAAGAGCCAGCACCAGGCUAGUUCUUCCUCCCACGAUUUGUCCAGCUCAUGGGAGCACACAAGCCUACAGCGCACUGCUGAGCACUUCAGCUCUGUGGGCAGCUUAGACAGACUGGACCGCGGCUCCCAGCUCUCCCCAUCUGGACACCUGGGUGGCCACGGCAAGCGAGAUUCUGCUUACGGUUCCUUCUCUACCUGUCCCGGCACCCCUGACCACACCUUGCCCAGGGCUGAUGCCUCUUCCACUGAGAACAUUCUCUACAAAGUUGGCCUCUGGGAGGCCUCCAGGCCAGGCAGCAGCCGACAGAGCCAGCCUGCAAGUGAUCCUCAGGGAUUACAGGACAGGCCUUCAUGUUCCACACUCAGGGUUUUUGGUAACAGCAGGAAAAGCCCAAGGCCAGAGGAUAAUGUUGAGCCGAAAACAACCACUUCUGGAAGGUCAAAUUUUGGGCCUGUUUGGUAUGUUCCUGACAAGAAGAAAGCCCCUUCUCCUCCCCCCUUUGCAGCUCCUUUGCUCAGUGAUGGCUAUGCUGUGGCAGCUGGAGGCCGUGAAAAGACACGGGACCCUCCAUUUUCAGACUUUACCACCCAACCCCGAGGGGGCCAUAGACUGGAAAUGACUGAUGGACAGUGUCGGCUGGCACACCCAAGCAGUGGCAAAGAAACAGGAAGCUUGGGUUACCAGCAAGAAGGCCACCUGGAUUACCGUUGGUUAUCCUCAGAUGAUAGAGUGGGUGGAUCCUCAGGGGUCCCGGGCAGGCACCACUUGUCCUUGUCCAACACAGAUGUCCACUUCCUGACGUCUUACCGUGGGAGCCAGCAGAGAUGGCAGUGCACUGAUGAGAGCCCAAGGGUCCCCUCAUCAACGAGGGAGCUGCCUCAUAGGACUCCUGGUGGGGGUUUGCAGGAGCCUCCUGAACCCUCCCGGAAUGAUGCGCAGGUGAGAUGGUCUGGUUCUGCCAACCAGAAGCUGGAUGAUAGAGGGCGUGGCCAUUAUUUCUGUGCACCCCCCAGGCAGCCUCUGCAGGGGUGUGCCCAGGUUGUGACACCCCGAGGUGACUUUGGGCAUUCAGACACACGUUCUGUGGACCUUGACAAUCCUCUCUUGCCCUCGAUGGGCCAGAGGUGCUAUCUACAAGAGCAUGAGGAGAUGCUGGCCUCUCACGAAAGAGAGGGAUAUCAUCCACGGGAUGCAGGGAUUGAAGGUUCCUGCUCAGGGAUCCAAGAGCCUCUUCAAGCCAGCCACACUGUGAAAGCCAGGUCGCAGUGUCCUGAUGGUGACCUCAAGUCGGUGGAUGGAGAACGUGGGAGGAUUUCUCGUGAAAGGACACCCAUGCUGCACUCUCUGACCCAAGGUGGGGCAUGGAGACCCGAGAAGCCACCGUCGCUUGACGCCCAGGUGGGUAGACCCAUGCGAAGGAGUGACCGUUUUGCCACGACACUGAGGAAUGAGAUCCAGAUGCGCAGAGCGAAGCUACAGAACAGCAAAAGCACCGUGACACUUGCUGAUGACUGGAGAGCUGAUGCGGGGGCUGUCCCGGAAGGUUCCUUCCCCAGCACCUAUAAAGAGCACCUGAAAGAGGCCCAGACACGUGUCCUGAGGGCCACCUCCUUCCACCGCCGUGAUUUAGGUCCCACCCCAGCAGAUCAGUAUCUGAGACAAGCAGAACACAGGACUUGUGACCGUACUGCCUCAUCUUCUUUAUCUUCCCCUGGGGAGCCAGACUCUGUCCCCAGCCUCUGGGAAGCAGGUCUGGCCAAGCCACCAUCUUCUGGUGGUGGUGUGCCCCAUCUUCUUCGAAUUGGAGGCCGGAAACGGUUCACAGCGGAGCAGAAACUGAAGUCCUAUUCUGAGCCAGAGAAAAUGAACGAGGUGGGUCUGUCAGGGGACCACAGUCCUCAUCCUAACAUCAGGACACCUGAGGAUACUGUGGGGACAUUUGCUGACAGGUGGAAGUUUUUUGAGGAAACAAGCAAAUCUCUUCUCCAAAGGCCAAGCCACAGGCAAGCUCUCUGUGGGCUUUCAAGAGGCAAGGCGGAGAGGCCACAAACAGGGGGCCGUGAAUGUGAGGGUACAGAGUCCUGGUUCCAGAAGAGGUCACGGGCCACCUCCUGUGGAGAGAUCCUCAGUGAUAAUGGACAAGGAGAAAAAGCUUCUGAGACAUUGAACCCACCCAGAAGGCUUGGAACCUUUGCAGAAUAUCAGGCGUCUUGGAAGGAGCAGAAGAAACCAAUGGAAGCCAGGAGUUCCGGGCGUUAUCAUUCAGCAGAUGAUAUUCUGGAUGCUGGUCUAGACCAGCAGCAGAGGACACAGUACAUCCAUGAACGGUCCCGGUCGUCACCGUCCACUGAUCGCUACUCACAGGAAGUGCCUGUUGAGCCAGACAGGCAGCCAGAGGACUCUGGCGGGCACAAAGGAGUACCACAAUGUACACUACAGGCUGACGAGGGACGUUCUGCUCCAAGCUCCUCUGUGAUCAGCAGUGCCCAACCACAAGACAGCCAGCAUGUGAAUGAGGAGAGAGCUUUCUCCGAACCAGAAGUCCAGCUCUCUUCUAAGCGUCAACACCGACAGACAUCAGCCAUGGAAACCUCUCGCUCCCCUUCACCCCAGUUUGCCCCACAGAAGUUGACAGACAAGCCUCCCCUGCUUAUCCAUGAAGACAACUCAGCAAGAAUCGAGCGGGUGAUGGACAAUAACACCACAGUGAAAAUGGUGCCCAUAAAAAUCGUGCACUCAGAAAGCCAGCCCGAAAAGGAGAGCCGCCAGAGUCUUGCGUGCCCAGCCGAGCUGCCCCCACUGCCCAGUGGGCUGGAGAGGGACCAGAUCAAGACAUUGAGGACAUCAGAGCAGUGUUACUCCCGCUUCUGUGUGUACACACGACAGGAGGUAGAAGCCCCUCAUAGAGCCCGCCCUCCAGAGCCCCAGCCACCCAGCACUCCAGUGCCUCCUGUCAGAGAUAGCUGUUCCUCCCCUCCCUCACUUAACUACGGGAAGGCCAAGGAAAAGACCGUGGAUGACUUGAAGUCUGAAGAAUUAGCCAGGGAGAUUGUGGGAAAAGACAAGUCCUUGGCUGACAUCCUGGACCCUAGCGUGAAGAUCAAGACCACCAUGGAUCUGAUGGAAGGGAUUUUCCCCAAAGAUGAAUCCCUCCUGGAGGAAGCUCAGCAGCGGAGGAAGCUGCUUCCCAAAGUCCCCUCACCCAGAGUCACAGAGGACCAGAAACAGGACACAGGCGUGCCAGGGGUCGUGUCCUUGGCCACCAAUUCUACCUAUUACAGCACAUCAGCCCCCAAGGCAGAACUUCUUAUCAAGAUGAAGGACCUACAGGAGCCUGAGGAGUAUUCAGGGGGUGACUUGGACCACGACCUGUCAGUUAAGAAGCAAGAGCUCAUCGACAGCAUCGGCCGCAAGCUGCGGGUACUGCGGGAAGCCCGAGAGAGCCUGCUGGAAGACAUCCAAGCCAACAAUGCCCUGGGAGAAGAGGUGGAAGCCAUUGUGAAAGACGUCUGCAAACCCAAUGAGUUUGACAAGUUCCGGAUGUUUAUUGGGGACCUAGACAAAGUGGUGAACCUCCUGCUGUCACUGUCAGGCCGCUUGGCCCGUGUGGAAAAUGCCCUCAAUAAUCUGGACGACAGUCCUUCUCCUGGAGAUCGGCAGUCACUGUUGGAGAAACAGAGGAUCCUAACCCAGCAGCAUGAGGAUGCCAAGGAGCUUAAAGAGAACCUGGACCGUCGUGAGCGCAUUGUGUUUGAUAUCCUGGCCAACUACCUCAGUGAGGAGAACCUGGCUGACUAUGAACACUUCGUGAAGAUGAAGUCAGCCCUCAUCAUUGAGCAACGAGAGCUGGAAGAUAAAAUCCACCUGGGUGAAGAGCAGCUCAAGUGCUUGUUUGACAGCCUACAGCCUGAGAGAAGCAAGUAAGAGACCUGUCCCUGCAGAAGUUGGACACUGAGCCUUGGAAAUUAAUGCCUGGGAAUACAAGAGUGAAUCCAAGCCUAUUUGCCCAUCUCUGGAGAGACACACUCUGGAGCCACAAGACUAGUAAAAAAGCAAUAAUGUCCUGUUAGUAUGUGAUGAUUGAUUUAUGUUUUUCAUUUCUAUUGGUUUGUUGAGCAGAGUUUCAUAUUACAUGUGACUUCACAGAAUGCCAGCCUUUACUGGUCAGCAGGGACCCCUAGAAUGUCCAAUGGCUGGGCCCACAAUACAUGCAAGCACUCCUUUGCAGCAUUGACACCAUUGUUCCUCCCUUGUGUAGAUGCCAAAUACAUCCCUAUGGUACAUGAGAGGAAAGACCCUUGUGAUUUAGCCAGGCCUCGGCUGCUGUGUGUUCUGUUUUUCAUUUAAUAAUGUGAGCAUUCAUUGGUUUAUCAUCGUGACGUUCUCUGAUCCAGUAAAAAUCAGUGAUGAUGAUAAUUUAUUGAUAUGUGGGAAACAUGAACAGUUUUCUAGUGAUUAAAAACCAACUAUGAAAUGAACAACCUACAUAUUGGACACAUUCAUUCCAAGAAUAAAAUUAUCAUAUAGCUUUGUAUGCAUGCUUUGAAAUACCCAAACAAGCAGAAGCUAAGUGUCCUUCUUGUCACAUCUUAAAUAAUUUCUAACCAAGUGACAUUAUUUGGUUAAAAGUGUGUCUACCUGUAAUGUUAUUGCUUGUUCUUUAUUUUCUGAGACCAAUGGAAUAUUUUGAAGUUUUCUCCCCCAAAACACUACUUUGUGUAUGCAAUCCUUAAUGAUAACUGGUGGUUUGUCUCUUUUUACAUUUCUGUCUGUUACCAUGAGCCACAUACCAUGUACCUUAAGACUUAAGAUUCCAUCUUCUUAUUUGUCAGAGGUCCUAUGGAGUGAUUAGUACUUACAUUUGAAAUCAAGUUUCAAGAUUCCUUGUCCUUAACAGUUGAAAUGGAAAGAUGGAUAAAUGGAGUGUUACUCAUUAAAGCAACACUGUCAUUCUAUUGGUUUCCAGUUAACAGGACAAGGAUUAGGAAAAAGUAUUUGUAAACCAUGUGUCUGAUUUGUUCCUUAUUUUAUUUUUAUUAUUAUUUGUUUUAGAAGAGUCUCACAUAACCUGGAUUGGCCUCAGUCCCCCUAUGUAGUCCUGAUGACCUUGAACUCCUGAUCCUCCUGCCUCCACUUCCUGAGUUCCAAGUUUACUAGCAUACCCACUUCCAUGGGGUAUACAUCUGAUAAAAGAUUUAUAUAAAGAAUUCCCAAGCCGGGCGGUGGUGGUGCACGCCUUUAAUCCCAGCUCUCGGGAGGCAGAGGCAGGCGGAUCUCUGUGAGUUCGAGACCAGCCUGGUCUACAAGAGCUAGUUCCAGGACAGGCUCCAAAACCACAGAGAAACCCUGUCUCGAAAAACCAAAAAAAAAAAAAAAAAAGAAUUCCCAAUACCCAAUAGUAGAAAACAAAUCAUUUGGAAAAAGUGGGCAAAAGACUUGACUAGACACUUCACCAAAGAGAAUGUAUGUAUGGCAGAUAAACACAUGAAAAAUGUUCAGGCACUAAUGGCGUGUAUAACUUGCGUUAAAUGUGUGUAGGUUUGGUGUAGUUCCAGAGAUGUUUAUGUAACUAAAUGCAUGGUGAAAGAUGAGCAAGUCCCUCUAGUGACUUGAUGUUUAGGCAUCACUAAUCUUUGUUCUAUCAAGGGAUUAUUUAAUUCUUGUUUUCCCUCGAGAUUGCAGCAGAUGCAAAGAUUUCCCUUUUGCCAAUAACCACACCCUUUCCAGAAUACACAUGCACACUUAGAUCCAUGUGUAUAUGCAUGAGCUCACACUCCCAUACACAGUUGUCUUAAAGGACCAGAAUCCAUGCUUCCUGAGCCAGAGGAACAGAGGUUGACACUGUACAAUUGAGUCGAGGUAGGCAAGCUUCUGUACUGCAGAGCACAGAUGGCCUUGUUGACAAUCUAUCGCUCGUCGGCUGGAAGAAAACCUUUGCAAACGUAUUGAAUCCUAUUAAACAAAGCUACUUCUACCUUUUGAAGUCCCUGAUUUGUCACUGCAGCGUCCUCUUUCCACUUGGUCAGUCCUUGCUGUGAAUGUGGGUCAUGUCAGAAAAUGUAAUGCUGACUGUCCACACACUUUUCAAGGAAUUGCAGACUGUUUUGCUUUUAAUUUACACCAGGCUAUUUACCUGUGGUUCUUUAUCCCCAAAUACAGUGUUGUGAAAAUUUGAUAUGUGUGUAAACUGUGAAUAGUGGAAUUUUGUUUGUCUGUAACCUGGCUUUUCGUGUUGUUCGAAGAUUGUCUGUUAUGGAAAACAAUAUGUAGUGCUCUAGCAUGCUUGUACUAAAAUAUAUAGCAAUUAUGACAUUCUUGUCCAUUCCCUGCUUGCCUGUUCCAUGUCUGAUUAGCAGGGAUCUAAGAUUUCCAGAGAGUUCAUGUACAUAUGUCUGUGACUAUUGAUACUAUUGCAUAAGAAACAAUCUGGUGCUAAUGGUUUGUCCUUGGCAUGCAUAGGCGUGGGUACAGUUGUGGAACUCUCUGUAUACACACUGAUCUUGCUUGUGGUCGGUUUUUGUGGCUUUACCCUGAACUCUGCCCUGGAAAAAAAUGCACAAUUGUGCUUGAUGCUUACCACUUGUCAACAGAUCCUCUUGCUUGACUUUAACGAAUAAAUAAUUUCUCUUCA